UUGAGACAUCUGUUCCCAGCCGAGAGGCGAGAAGCCGCAUGAUUCCAGUUAUUCGGCACAAACGAACAGUCGCUGGCCGCUACACGGCGUCGAGCGAUAGCAAAGGCUUAAUAUUAUUAAAUUGUGUUAUUUUUAGGGGUAGUUUGACGCAGUGUUUCUCCGCAUGAUGAGCGCCUUGUCGCUGCUGUUUUUGGCCGUGUCGGCCGCCUGUGUCCUGGCCGAGUCUACUGUCUAUUUCCGAGAGCAAUUUGAAGACGGGGAUGUCUGGAAGAGCCGCUGGGAGGAAUCGAAGCAUAAGACCGACUAUGGCAAGUUUGUCCUGACUGCGGGCAAAUUCUACGGUGAUGCUGAGAAGGACAAAGGUUUGCAGACGAGCCAGGAUGCCCGCUUCUAUGCACUGUCAGCUCGCUUCGACGAUUUCAGCAACAAGGGCGAGCCCCUCGUCGUCCAGUUCACCAUCAAACACGAGCAAAGUAUCGACUGCGGCGGCGGCUAUGUGAAAGUGUUCCCCUCGGACCUCAAGCAGGACGACAUGCAUGGGGACUCGGUCUACAACAUCAUGUUUGGUCCUGAUAUUUGCGGGCCCGGCACAAAGAAAGUUCACGUGAUCUUCAACUACAAGGGCAAGAACCAUUUGAUUAACAAAGACAUCAGAUGCAAGGAUGACGAAUUCACUCACUUGUACACGCUGAUCGCCAACCCUGACAACACGUAUGUGGUGAAGAUCGACAACAAAAACGUGGAGUCCGGCAGCCUGGAGGACGACUGGGACUUCCUGCCUCCCAAGAAGAUUAAGGACCCCGAAGCCAAGAAGCCAGAGGACUGGGAUGACCGGGAGAAGAUUCCUGACCCCGAAGAUACCAAACCGGAGGACUGGGACAAGGCCGAGAACAUUCCUGACCCCGACGCCAAGAAGCCAGACGACUGGGAUGAUGAGAUGGACGGAGAGUGGGAGCCUCCUAUGAUCGCUAACCCUGAAUACAAGGGCGAGUGGCAGCCCAAAGAAAUCAGCAACCCCGCCUACAAGGGCAAGUGGAUCCACCCCGAGAUUGACAACCCGGAGUACACCGCCGAUUCCGAGAUCUACAAAUACGACAGCAUUGGCGUUAUUGGACUGGACCUGUGGCAGGUCAGGUCUGGCACCAUCUUUGACAACUUCCUGAUUACCAAUGACCCAAAACUGGCGGAGGAAGUUGGAAACAACACAUGGGGCAAAACCAAGGACGCCGAGAAGAAGAUGAAGGAAAGCCAAGACGAGGAGGAGCGGAAGAUGCGCGGGGAAGAAGACAAGCAGAGGAGAGAUGAGGCAAAGGAUGAUGAGGAAGAGGAGGAAGAAAAGGAUGAUGAGGAGGAAGAUGGCGAAGAGGAGGAGGAGGAGGAUGAUGAUGAGGAAGAGGAAGAUGACACCGAGUCCCCCAUGAAGGAUGAGUUAUAAACAGUUCAAAGGCAAGGAGCAGUUAAAGAGCAGACUGUUGAUGAACCACAGAAGACUAUGGGAGGAGUUUUGUUUGUUUACAAGGACCUUAAAGGGUUAAAAAUAUUAUUAAAAUACGAUACCAUCCUAAAAAUAAUCGACAAUAGAUAAUAUCGUGGUGAUUAUAAUAUAAUUAGAAAUGAAGAUGUCGCAGUGAAUGUCCACACUAGAAAACCACAUUUGUAUUGUUUUUAUUUUUAUUUGCAGUUUAUACUAUACAGAAAUGUGUAAGUAGGCAAAGGAGUGAUUUGUUUUGCCAAAAUCUGGGUUGUUAAGAAAUGUUGACAGAUGACAAAUCUACUUUCGUUUUUGAAACUGUUUGUGUUACCUCGUGUUUUGUCUUGUAAUGCUGUCUUUUAAUUAUUAUUGUGUCCCACAUUUCAAGCGCCCAUUCUAAUGAUUGCAUCAAACAAGGGAAGAUAUGACCUCAAAAGUCUGAAAUGUUCCACUUUGGAUGAAACUUGUGAGGAAAUCCCUUUUGUACGUUUGCAGUUAUUACUAGUUGUGCACAUAAGACUGUAGUUUCUAAAAUAGUUGACUGAAGCACUCCAGUAGCAAGAAAGCUUCUGUUCAUUUUAGGUUUGAUCAUCCCUUGGUUUGUAUGCAGUCAACUGUACUCAUCUCAGAUGCCCACAGAGGCUGAGCGUUGAUCCUUUUUGUAAAAGAGAUUUUGUAUUAAUACUGCUGGUAAUUUAAGUGAGAGGGUUUGUCGUUACAGUGCAAAAGAAAAAAAGGCGUUCUGUUCAAUAAAAACAACCACAAGAAAAUGA